AUGUCUGACGAGAAGGGGCACAAUGAGGUGGCGGAGGACAUAGUCACGGAGAGGAGCGUUGAAGACCAUCUCCAGCCCCCCGCUGGCACCCUGUCAGACUCAGAGUUGGCCCUCGUCGUCGCCCUGCCAAAUCAGGCAUCCAGCGAGAUGUACUCAGCCCCCAUAGCCAAGGCCAACAAGCCCUCCAUAGAGAUUCACUCAGCAGCCCCCUUAGCCAAGGACAGUGAACACUCCACGGAGAUGACUCAGCCUCCCGCUCUAGCCCAGCCAAAUGCACCCUCUGUGCUCCCCAGCCAAACGCACCCUCUUCAGGGCUGCUCUUCUCCAAGUAUCCCAUCAUCCCCUCCUCAGCUCCUUGCUGAAGAUCUCCUGCCCCAGGACACUGAUGAUGAUGAUGAUGAUGCCGCAGCUGCAGGCUGCUCCGAUAGUCCACAUGCCAAGAGAAGACUCCUAGAUCAAAACCACGCAGCUCGCUCCACCACCACCCUCUACAAGGCCUUCGACAGUGACGCAUGCCCCAGCGCACCGCCACUGCCAGAGGAUGACAACUUCCUGUCGGGACUUCCUGUCGGGGCUUGCUGGGCCAGGGAGGAAGAGGAGGGGAUUGAUGUCGAGGAAGAGGAUGCAGAUGUGGUGGUGGAGGAGGAGUAUGAUGAUGAUGAGGAUGAUAAUGAUCCUAACCACAACAAUAAGGAUGAUGACGGGAAUCUGCAACAGGGGUAUUUGCUGCAACAACAACAACAACAACAACAACAACAACAACAACAACAACAACAACAACAACAACAACAACAACAACAACAACAACAACAACAACAACAACAACAACAACAGCAACAGCAGCACAGUAUGUUACAGCAACAGCCAGAUCUCCGUCCCCAUGUCCAGGAGCGAGAGCUGCAGCUGAGGCAGGAGCGCCACACUCUCCUGCAGGUGCGUCACCAGCAGCAGCUCCAGUUUCAUCUCCAUCAGCAGCAGCAACAGCUGCAGCAUCUCCUGCAUCCUCCACAGCAGCAGCAUCCUCACCUUCUGGGUCGCCAAGGGCAACAACAGCAGCAGCAGCAGCAGCAUCAGUACCACCACCACCACCAGCACCAACAGCUUCAGCAGCAGCCUGCACAGCCUCAGUUACCACAGCAACGGACACAACUACCAGGGCAACAGAAGAAUCCUAAUCAACAACAGACACCACCAAAGCAGCACCAUCAGAGGCCACCAAAACCACCAAAACACAGGCAUCCUCACUACCAACAACUAGCAGAACGACAAGGUUCUUCUCCUCAGUUGUGGAAACUACAAAGACAACCGUCUGAUCAUCAACCACAGACAGAACAACAACAAGAAGAAACACCACGAGCCACUCAGCAGCCUGACCAUCAACAACUGGCCCAGGAACAGCAGCGGCAUCAGCAGCCAUCGGCGCGAGAGCAGCAUCCCCCUCGUCAGCAUCCAUGGAAACAGAAGCCUCAUCAGCAGCAUCAGCAGGGACUGGAUCUGCAGCAGCAUCAGCAGCCUACGAAGAGCAGGCCUCCCAGGGACAAAGAGGCACGGCAGAACCAACAGAUACAACAGGCCGCGUGUGAGCAGGCCGUCUUCCUGCCUCCCCCGCACGGCAUCCUGGGAGUCUGUGGCACCCAAUCAGACAGCGCCAUCAGCGGGCAGGAAGUGGUGACGGGCCAGCGUCUGUUCUACGGGGCGCGCGUGGGCAGCGAGACACGCAACGUGGAGUUCAAGAGGGGAGGAGAAAAGCUGCAGAUCUAG